CUAAUAAUAAGUAUUGUUUAAGAAUUAAAUAAUACCCAAAAUCAUAUUAAAGGAAGUCGCAGAAAAGGACCCGAGUAUGUAAUCAAUUCCUUGCAGAGUCUGUUUUUGAUUGAAUCCACGGGUAACUCUCCCCUCCUUUCUGCUGUGGCAAUUACGACUGUAUCCUCGUAUUUAUCUGCACGCAAUGAAGAUUUUUAGUUUCUGGAUGAUUAUUGAACUUGUUAUUUCUACUUUUUAAGUGUGAAUUAAUCAAGUUCUUCCUUUCAAUCCAGUUGAAAUUUUGUUUCUGGUGAGAUCUGUAUAUGCUAAUUAAUCAGAUUCCUAAACAACAAAAUCAAGCAACAAUUUCUGUGAUGGAUCAAAAAACAGUACGCCCACCUCAUGUGUUGAUAUUCCCAUUGCCAUUACAAGGCCCUGUGAACUCCACCAUCAAGCUAGCUGAGCUUCUAUGCCUCUCGGGUCUCCACAUCACCUUACUUCUCACUGAUCAUAUCCACACCAAACUCCUCAAAUACUCAAAUAUACAGUCCCGUUUUAGCAGCUACCCAGGUUUCCACCUAGAAACCAUACCUGAUGGCCUUCCAGAAGACCAUCCUCGCUCCAUUGAUCGCUUUAUCGAAGUGUUGGAAUCUUUAAAAACCAAAAGCAGUAUCCUCUUCAAAGAUCUGAUGACCACAGAUUCACGCAGACCAGUAACAUGUAUAAUUGCAGAUGGAACUAUGGGAUUUACUUGUGAUGUAGCUAAUGAAAUAGGAAUACCCAUUAUGUAUAUUCGUACAAUUAGUGCUUGUUGUCUGUGGGUUUUCUUCUGUUUUCCCAACCUCAUUGAAUCCCGUGAACUUCCAUUCUCAGGAAACGACCUAGACACACCGAUAAAGAGCAUACCAGGCAUGGAAGAAUUCUUGAGACGCCGUGAUCUUCCACUGUUUUGUCGUUUCAACUUGUCAGACCCAAAUAUCAAAACCUAUCUCUCUGAAGGUACAGAAAACCCAAGAGCUCAUGGACUUAUACUCAACACUUUUGAUGAUUUAGAGGGUCCAAUCGUCUCCCAAAUACGCACUUUCUGUCCAAAUUUAUACACCAUUGGUCCACUACACGCUCAUCUGAAGCUCAACCUAGAAUCCUUCUCCUCGUCACCGCCUUCAUCAAACAGUCUGUGGAAAGAAGACAUGAGCUGUAUUCCAUGGCUGGAUUCACAACCAUCAAAAUCCGUGCUGUAUGUUAGCUUUGGAAGUCUUGCUGUAAUGUCAAAGGAGCUCUGGUACGGGUUGGUGAAUAGUGGGUCCCGUUUCUUGUGGGUCAUACGGCGACAUUCAGUCCUGAGUGAAAUCAUUGAAACCCCACCGGAACUUUCCAAAGGCACGGAGGAGAGAGGAUGCAUUGUUGAGUGGGCUCCGCAAGAGAAGGUGUUGGCCCACGGUGGUGUGGGUGGGUUUUUGACACACAGUGGGUGGAAUGCGACGCUCGAGAGUGUGGUUGAAGGUGUGCCGAUGAUUUGUUGGCCUUACUUUUUGGAUCAACAGGUGAAUAGUAGAUUUGUAGGAGAAGUGUGGAAGUUGGGUUUGGACAUGAAGGAUACGUGUGAUCGAGUGAUUGUAGAGAAGAUGGUGAGGGAAUUGAUGGAGGAGAGGAAGGAGGAGUUUAGGAAGUCGGCGGAUGAGAUGGCGAAACUUGCAAAACAAUGCUUCAUGGUAGGUGGAUCGUCUUAUUGUAAUUUACAACGUCUAAUUAAUGACAUCAAAGCAAUGUAAAAAAAAAAAAAAAAACUGUUGAAAUUUGGUAAUGAAAUCUCCAAAUCAUUCAUAAAUCCCCAACAAAU